AUGUCUUUCAUUAAAAACUUGCUAUUUGGAGGUGUUAAAACAAGUGAGGAUCCAACCGGACUCACAGGUAACGGGAGCUCCAACACAGACAAUUCUAGUAAAGCUAAUGAACCAGUAGUAGCCGGUAAUUUCUUUCCUAGGACGCUUUCCAAAUUCAAUGGCCAUGACGAUGAGAAAAUAUUUAUUGCUAUUAGGGGCAAAGUGUACGACUGUACAAGGGGAAGGCAGUUUUACGGUCCAAGCGGGCCAUACACUAACUUUGCAGGUCACGAUGCGUCGCGUGGUCUGGCACUGAACUCCUUUGAUCUGGACGUUAUCAAAGAUUGGGACCAGCCUAUCGAUCCUUUACAUGACCUGACAAAAGAGCAGAUCGACGCGCUAGAUGAGUGGCAAGAGCAUUUUGAGAAUAAGUAUCCUUGCAUUGGUACUUUGAUUCCGGAGCCAGGCGUGAACGUAUGA